AUGGCCGACAGUCGGUCGCCCGUGCUGGAGCCCGGCGCCGACCUCAAGCACCUCGAGUCCAUGCUGGACGACAGGAACCAGAAGAAGCGCGGCAAGAAGUCCGACGAGCCGUACCAGGGCAAGCUGGAGGGCUGGUCUCCAGCCAACCACCACGGGGACGACGCUGUUCCGCCCAUGGAGAAGCUCAGUCUGGGUCCUGCAGCUGACGCUGAUGGCGCCAAGCCCCAGGAAACCGCCGCCGGUGCUGACGACAACAAGAAGCUCUCCAAGGCGGAGAGGAAGAAGCUGGCGGCCGAGGCCUUCGCCAAGGCCGGCGGCGUCCCCAAGCGCGAGAAGCUCAGCAAGGCCGAGCGCCGCGCACAGCAGGAGGCUAGCAGGCAGAAGAAGGAGGCUGGAGGAGCUAAGCCCAAGAAGUCGGACGCCACUGGGCCCACGGCGCCCAUGCCCACCAAUGCGAGGCUCCAGUACGACGACGCCAAGAAGAUGGCGCGUCGCUCCAAGGCGGCGGUCGUGGUGCGCACGCAGGCGCAGAAGCAGGUCGAGAUGUUCUCGCACUUGCCGCAGUACGAGCGCGAGAGCUCGCUGUCGUUGAACGUGGGCUUCUCCAACAAGGAGGAGGUACACGCGGCUGUGCUGGCGCUCGGGUUGAAGUACGCGGAAAGCAAGAUCUCCGGCGGCAAUGCUCGCUGUAUUGCUAUGAUCACGGCUUUCAAGGAGGUGAUCGACGACUACGUGACUCCUCCCGACAAACAGCUCCGUCGCGACUUGGACAAGCGUCUUCGCCCGCUGAUCCAGUACCUGAUCGACUGCAGGCCGCACGGCAUUGGAAUGGGCAACGCUAUCCGUCGUCUGAGACGUGUCAUCGGCUCCACGCCGCCUGAGCUCAGUGAGGAGGAAGCGAAGCGCCGCAUUCGCGAGGAGAUGGACGACUACGUGCAGAGCCGCAUUCUGCUGGCCUCGCGCGCUGUGGUCAAGAACGCCCAGUCGAAGAUCAGCGCUGGCGAUGUUAUCCUUACUUACGCGCGUGCCAAUGUUGUGGAGGAGCUGCUCUUGGAGACUGCUAAGACCUCGCCGGAGAUUGCCGCUACCCUGCGUGUGAUUGUCGUGGACUCCCGCCCGCACUACGAAGGUCGCAAGAUGGUUAGUGUGCUGGCUGGUGCCGGUCUUCAGUGCUCGUACCUGCAGAUCAACGCGCUGUCGUACAUCAUGCGCGAGGUGACCAAGGUCUUCCUCGGUGCCGCUGCGUUUAUGAGCAAUGGUGUGGCUGUGGCUCGUGUGGGUACGGCUCUAGUGGCAAUGACCGCGCACGAAGCCAACGUGCCCGUGCUCUUCUGUUGCGAAACGUACAAGUUCUCGGACCGUGUGCAGCUGGAUGCUAUCACGCACAACGAGCUGGGCGAUCCGGAUGAGCUGGUGUCUUCAUACUGCACCGACAAGUCGCGCUCGCGGCGUCGGACUGGAGGCGGCGCGUCUGGCAACGCCUCAGCUGGCAGCUCGAGCGGCCACGUGCUUUCGGACUGGCGCGAUCUGGCCGACCUCAAGCUUCUCAACUUAGUGUACGACGUGACCCCGAUCGAGUACGUAUCCUUGGUGGUCACGGAGCUGGGCAUGAUCCCGCCCACCUCCAUCCCCGCUGUGCUGCGUGAGUACUCCCGCGAUGGCCUCGCGGACGGCGCGCUCUAG